AUGGCCUCUCUCCCCCCCUCGGUCCCCGCAACCCACGCCGCCAUAGCCAUCACCGCUCUAGGGAAGCCCGUCGAGCAGGUCACGGUGCCAACAAUCCCGCCCUCCGCGGGCGAGGUCCUCGUCCGCGUAACCCACACCUCCUCCACGCCGGUGGACCUGCACCGCGUCGCGGGAGGGCUGCGCGUGCCCCCGGAGGACGGCGGGAAGGCCUUCAUCCUGGGCAUCACGGUGGGCGGCACCGUCGUCGCCGUCGGGCCCGGGACCGCAACCGGCCUGCGCGUCGGCGACCGCGUCUUCGGCUUCGUGCAGGACGGCAGCGACCGCGAGGCCGCCUUCCAGGAGUACGCCACCGUCCCCGCCUGGAAGCUCGGCCGCGUGCCCGACCGCGUCGACAUGCACGCCGCCGUCGCCGUCCCCGCCAACCUGGUCACCGCCGUGCACACGGUCGUGGCCGACCUCGGGCUGCCGCUGCCCUGGCCCGUCCCCGGGGCCGAAGUCGCCGCCGCCGCCGCCGACGACGACGACAAGGAGGAGGAGGUCGUGCUCGUGUGGGGCGCCGCGAGCAGCGUGGGCAUGUACGUCCUGCAGGUCCUGCGGCACUGGGGAUACCGACACGUGCUGGCCGUCGCGGCGGGCAAGCACCACGAGACCCUCAGGGGGCUCGGGGCGAGGGCGUGCUUCGACUACCGGGAGGGGGACGCCGCCGGGGCGGUGGCGGCGUAUCUUGAUAGGGUCGUGCGGAGGAGCAGCAGCAGCAGGCCGGGAAGGCCCCGGCUGCCGUACGUCGUCGACUGCAUCGGCUCUCGCGAGGGCUCCCUGCGGCCGCUGACCAGGAUCGCCGAGAAGGGAACCAGGGUGGCCGUCAUGCUGCCCGUCAUCAACGUGCACGCCGGCAAGGACCGGGCGGCGGAGCUGGAGAUGGACGUGAACAAAGCGUUGCCCGGGGAAUGGAAGGACGGCGUUGAGCUCCGGGGCGUCAGGACCUUCCUCUACCACAAGAACGAGUUUCUUAGGGACCAUCUCCAACCAGAGAUAGUCCCGGCUCUACUAGAACAGGGCGUGAUUGAGCCUAACAAACAGAGGGUGGUAGAAGGGAAGACGUUGCUUGAGCGGGCACAGAAAGCGCUCGACUUGCUUCGAGAUCAGGCCGUGUCCGGGGAGAAGCUUGUCUGGAGAGUGGCAGAUUGA